AUAUGCUUUAAUGACGAGGGCUAAAUCCUUAAAAACAACAAAGCAAUGAUGUAUGUGUUUAUUAGUACUGCUUCAACCGCUCACCGAACCUGAUCGCCAAAACAAAACAGUUCAAUAUAUUCCUACUCAAAAUUCAGAUUAACCAGGUGCUUAGAUUGACGUAUUUUGUGAAAAAGCAACGCGCAAUUUCAAAUUAGCAUUAUCAUUUAUCCAUGAAGUAACUAUCAGUUUCUUUGCUUACGAAACGAACAUAUGUUUUUACUUUAGAAAUAUCUCUUAAAGUUCCGUUAUACGUGCAACUUUACAUCCUCGAUACCAAGUUACUAUUUUAGAAAAGCGACGCCAAAAGUGGAGCCAUAAAAAUUUUGUCGGUGUGGGAAUUUUGCUCAUUAUAUGAUGCCUUCCAAUAAUGCUCUGUUAGUAAAAUAGCUGGUUCAAAGCCGAAGUCAUUUGACCGUGCAAAGCAAUCUGUCGUGUUGUUAUAGUAGCAAAUUAACUUCUACUUUUGGUAUAAAUUGUAAUAUUUGAAAGAGGACACAUUCAUCUCAACUGACCUUAACCUUCACUCUUGCAUAGCGUUGUGUAUUGUUGUUAUAUUCCUCCUGGACGUAAUUAGCGUUUUACCUGCUAUUUGGGCUGAUUUCCAAUUUAUUCUUCGCUCAUUGCUGGCUGGUUUAGAAAAGCACAAAUAACGUAUUACUUGUUAUUUUCGAUACAAUUCAUCAGUAGCUCUACUAACCAUGUCGCCCAACAUCAGCACUAAGUUCACGGACCAGUACGACCUGAAGGAAGAACUGGGCAAGGGUGCAUUUAGCAUUGUGAGAAAGUGUGUGCACAAGAGCACCCAGCAGGAGUAUGCGGCUAAGAUCAUCAACACGAGGAAGCUGACCUCGAGAGAUAUUCAGAAGUUGGAGCGGGAGGCUAGGGUCUGCAGACUCCUCAACCACGCCAACAUAGUCAGACUGCACGACAACAUUGCAGAAGAGAAUUUCCAUUACUUAGUUUUCGAUCUAGUAACGGGCGGUGAGCUAUUCGAAGACAUAGUAGCACGUGAGUACUACAGCGAAGCAGAUGCGAGCAACUGCAUCCAACAGAUUCUGGAAGCCGUCUCACACUGCCACACCAACCAGAUAGUUCACAGAGACCUGAAGCCAGAGAAUUUGCUGCUGGCCAGCAAGCACAGGGGAGCGGCUGUUAAACUGGCAGAUUUUGGACUAGCAAUUCAAGUGAGUGGAGAGGAGUAUGCAUGGCAUGGAUUUGCCGGGACACCGGGCUAUCUGAGUCCGGAGGUGUUGCGAAAGGAGCCAUAUACGAAACCAGUGGACAUCUGGGCGUGUGGGGUCAUCCUGUACAUUCUGCUGGUGGGAUACCCGCCCUUCUGGGACGAAGACCAGCACAAACUCUACUCUCAAAUCAAAGCCGGUGCUUACGACUAUCCCUCGCCCGAGUGGGACACGGUCACGGAUGAGGCCAAGAACCUGAUCAACCUCAUGCUCACAGUCAACCCCCGCAAGAGGAUAAAGGCACUAGACGCUCUGAAGCACCCCUGGAUUUGCAAUAGAGAGCGGGUGGCUUCAGCCGUGCACAGACAGGAGACAGUCGAGUGCCUGAAGAAAUUCAACGCAAGGCGGAAGCUGAAGGGCGCCAUUCUCACUACAAUGAUAGCAACACGCAAUUUCUCCACACGUAGCAGUACUGCCAAGAAAGAAGCAGCGGCCGCCGCAGCUGCAGCUCAACAGGCAGCGUCUCAGGGUGGCAUUCCCCCGCAACAGAACCCACAGACUCUGCUGACGCCGAAUAAUAACCAAGAGUCGACAGAGUCGCAGCAGAGUGCGGUCACAAUGCUGGAGGACGUAGAUGAUUCGCACGGGGCUAACCUUCAUAACAAUGUGGCUGCAAUGAGUAUAAGCAAUGUGUUUGGGGCGGUGCAAGGGGCUGUUACGAACAGAGAUCAGCACCCCAAGUCUCAGGGCACCCUGGUGUCCCCUCUGGCCAUGGGUGACUUGUCCUCCUCGGCAGCACUGAGCGGCAGGAAACUAGAGAUACUGAAGCUAACUGAGGGACUGCUGGAAGCAUUUGACACUAACAGAUUCGACCUCUACAGCAGAUUCUGUGACCCAGGUGUCACUACUUUUGAGCCCGAGACAUUAGGUCAUUUAGUAGAAGGAUUAGACUUCCACAGAUUUUAUUUUGACAAUGGGCCUGGAAUGGGUUAUGGAAACUACAGCAAGUGCACUAGUUAUGUAAUGAAGCCACAUGUACAUGUAAUGGGCGAAGAUGGCGCAGUGAUAGCCUACACCAGAUUAACACAGACACUCACAUCAGAAGGACAAGUUAAAACACAUCAGUGUCAAGAGUCUAGAGUAUGGCAACGAAGGGAUGGUAGAUGGCAGAACAUUCAUGUUCACCGAUCCUCUCAGGCGCCCUCACGGACGUAGAACGAGAAAGUUAGAUUAAUUGAAAUUCCACUGCUAAAAGUGACUCUAUUCCUCUCCAAAUAUACCACUCUCAAAUACGCUACUUGAAGGAAGCGGGCGUUCAUGUCAAGUCGAUCAUAUUAUGAACCUUAAUGAGGCAAUGCGUGUGGUUGGAACAAGAAACAUGCAUGCUUUGUGCAAUCAUUUAGUGCGAGAACGUAAAGCAUGCAUCGGAUCCUCCGAAUGGUCGUGGGGUUCUGAUUAGUUUCGCCUCGGAAGUUUUUAAUUGCUCGCUUUAAUCGUUCCACUGCCGCUUUUAUCGUCAAAAUCGCGACAAUUCCAACACAAUUUGCAUCACAGAAAGAGGAGAAAGACUCUUAACUGCAGAAAUAUUCAUGUUGCAAUUUGUUGGGUUAAUGACAUGUCAUUUGAUUUUAAAUCAAGAUCAGCUCUAAAUGUUACUUAGUAAUUCAAUUCAAAUUGUGGAGCUCACUGUCUAUUUUUUUGGUUUAAAUGAGACCCACGUAACCGUGAAAAGUUUCUUCUAUUUUUAUUUAAUCGUUUAGUUAUGGUCACUGUGAGCUCGUAAUUUUUCAUUAAGUUAUUCUGUGCAAUUGAUUGUCACAAUAAAUUCAAAUUCGCCAAAAAUUUUGUAAAUGUUCCCCAAUCAUAAAUCAUUAAUUGUUUUUCUACCAAUCAAGCUGUUAUUAUUUAUGUACACACCAGCCAGGUACAAUGCGAUUACCGAUGCCAAUGUUAUAGGGCAAUAGACUCGACUGUGGAUUUCAGUUGCUUGUUUUAAAAAUAGGCUACUUACUGAGCUAACAUCAUGAGGCCAAAUGUAAUACCUCGAUGCUGAGCCUCAAUCAUCCAUCAUCACAAAUCUGUAAAAAAAAUUACAAAAUCGAAAUUUGCAUUAAAACUGUAAAUACAUUAUGAAGCUAUAAAUGUCUUUUUCUAUCUUUUUACCCUGUCAAGUAAAUCCAAUGUCUUCAGUUGACGUAAUAUUUUGUUUCAAUUUGAUCUUGAUUCCUUGCCUGAAACGACGGUUCUCGGUACAAUGGAACUAUCCGUCACUGCCAGAGAUAUUUGGGAUCGAAUCUUGAAACUCGUGUCACCUACGAGAUGAUGGGUUUAGUGUUAGAAUAGAAUAUUAUAAAACAAAAGGUAUGCCUAUGCUGGAAGUUUAAGCUAUACCGUGACUCCGAGAGAAGCACUCAUUUAUCAGAAUUAUUCUGCUUAAAAAGGGCAGGCUUCAUUUUUGAACUAAUUAGAAUCCCAAUCAAUUUUUUCGGCCAAUGUCAAUUCUUCGAAGCCAAUAGGAAUGGUUUUCACUUCCAGGGCUUGCAGUAAAGGGCAAUGGGUCGUAAUAUGGUUCCCACAAUAGACUCAAAAUGAGUUUGUUUAUACUGAUCACUUAUAAAUUUCAGUGCUAACUAUAAUCUGUAAUUAACAAUAUCCAUAGAUCUUGUUCGAAUUUGAAAGCUAUCUAAAUUCCAUUGGUUUCUGAAAAUGCGAAAACUAAUUAAAAUGCUUAGACUACUUAAACCACAAAAGCGUUCGUUUUUUGUUUCGUAUUCUAAAGUUAUAAAAAAAAUCUAGUUAAUUUUGAUUAAUUGUCUAUGAUAUGGUUUGAAAUGCUUUCUCUUUGAUCCACUGAGAUUUAUUGUUAAAUUACCUUUUCAUUUAAAUUUACAUAUUUCAGUAUCCCA